AUGAUUGUAUGUGUGAUAGCAUCUACUAUACCAGGAAUAUCAAUGAACCCGAUUAUUGAAAUUGCUCAAUUAUCUCUUAACCUAGCUAUGUUAGGUUCUUUAACCAUUGUUGUAGCUCACCAUAUGUAUUCCAUGCCCCUUAUCCAUAUCUAG